CCCGAUAGGCGGCGGCGGGCGGUGCCGGUGCUGCCGCCGCUGCCGCGGCUGCUGGUGCUGGCGCGGAGCCGCUGAAGCCCGGCAGAGGGGCUCGCCGGCUCUCGCACGCAGCGGCGGCGGCGGAGCGCGUCGCGUCAAGCGGAGGGAGCGAGGAGGAGGAGGAGAAGGAGGAGGAGGAAGGGGAGGGGGGCACCUUCUCGGCGAGGAUGCCCGGAGCGGCUGCAGGGACGGCGGCUACAGGAGCAGGCUCGUCAGGAGCGGUAGCAGCGGGGAUGCUCCCAGCUCAGGAGGCUGCCAAGAUCUACCACACCAACUACGUACGGAACUCGCGGGCCAUCGGCGUGCUCUGGGCCAUCUUCACCAUCUGCUUUGCCAUCGUCAACGUGGUGUGCUUCAUCCAGCCGUACUGGAUCGGGGACGGCGUGGACACCCCGCAGGCGGGCUACUUCGGGCUCUUCCACUACUGCAUCGGCAACGGCUUCAGCCGGGAACUCACCUGCCGGGGCAGCUUCACGGACUUCUCCAGCCUGCCCUCGGGAGCCUUCAAAGCUGCGUCCUUCUUCAUCGGGCUCUCGAUGAUGCUCAUCAUCGCCUGCAUCGUCUGCUUCAUCCUCUUCUUCUUCUGCAACACAGCCACCGUCUACAAGAUCUGUGCCUGGAUGCAGCUGACCUCGGCUGCCUGUCUCGUCCUGGGUUGUAUGAUUUUUCCUGAUGGCUGGGAUUCAGAUGAGGUAAAACGGAUGUGUGGUGAAAAGACAGACAAGUACACGCUGGGGGCUUGUUCAGUCCGCUGGGCCUAUAUCCUGGCAAUUAUUGGAAUCUUGGAUGCCCUGAUCCUCUCAUUUCUGGCAUUUGUGCUUGGAAACAGACAAGACAGCUUGCUAGCAGAGGAGCUCAAGUUGGAAAACAAAGUCCUACUAAGCCAAUCCUCACUAGAAUGAGCACAAAACAAAUGAAUAACAGCUUUUGUACAUCAACAUUAAAAUGGGAAGAAGCUUGGGAAAGGGCCUCCAACAGAGAAGAACGCUGACAAGUGCAAAAAUGCCUGAUGGAUAAGCAUCACCUUCUAAACAUAGAUCAGCCAGACAUGGAAGUGAUUUCAGAAGAGAAAUGCAAUCAUGGAUUACACACCAGCUCAUUAGAAACUGUUGCUGAAUACAGCAUCCAGAAGACAUGCAUGAAAAGUCACAUUUGGGGAAUAAAUUAAAAGGGGUGUAGUUGUUGCUAGAUAAACAUAUGUAAUAUAUAUGCAUUGAAGAGGUUUGUAAAUGUCAUUUUUUUAUUCAGACGGAAAGCAAAAAGCUUUAAAAUCUUUCACAGUAGAGAGGCAGUUAACUUCAGCCUAUUCCUAUCCCAGUAGCCAAGAAGCUGUUAGGACAUCUCUCUUAAAUUAGCAUUUAUAGACUCUGAAUGUUUCCAUCACCUAGUGGAAAAAGCAUAACUUUUACUGCUACAUUGCUGCACCUCAUUUACUUCACUGUAUAAGUUGACUAAAACUGUAAAGCUUCUCAAUUUUUACUGCAUAUGUGUUCCAAUUAAUAUGACUGUAACAAACUUAAGACUCAUAAAUUAUUUCUGACCUAUAUUCUAGUUCUAUGAAGCAUAUAUACUCUAAGGUAUGUCUGACUGAAUAUCAUAAUGCUAUAAUUUCCCAAGAUGCAUAGAAUUGUUUGUAUUUGAAGUGACAAAAUAAAACCCCUCGAAUUCUUUUUUAAUAGGAGAAAGUAAUUUACCCCUUAAAUGUAACACAGUGUUGCUCACUUCAGUGGUAUUUCUUCUCCCUGUUCUGCCAUGCAACUGUGGAGUGACACUCUGGCCCAUGCUAAUGCCAAUCAGACAAGGUAAUCCACUAAGACCUUCUGGCCUUAAGUUUAAACUCAAUACAACUCAAUAAACCCUUGAGUUUAAACCCAAUACAAAAUUUAAGAGACUAGUAAGCAAAUACAUGUUGCAAAUAGCCAUGUGAGGGCUGGAUGCAAAUAGCCCUGGGGCACUGGUGGGGAACUGAUUCCCUCCCCAGGUCCCAAAAAGCACUCUCAGAUCCAGAAGCCACUGAGAAGUAAAACAGGAGUAGCAGAAUAUGAAGAAAGAAGGGCCUGGAUGCCAAGCACAGGCAGAGAGGAACAGCAGGAGGCAGGGACCCCUCUCUGCCCCUCUCCAACCUUCCCACCAAGGCACAGGACUCACGGCUCAGGACUGGCCCUGAGCACCCUGCUCAACAUGACUCAAGGCUCUCCUGUGUAUCACAGCUGAAUCCAGUGCAAAAUGAACAGUGCAGUGCAGAGUCCUUCAGGGCUUUUAAAGCCUGUUGCUUAAUUCUUUGGCUUUCAGGGGAAGUGGCUAAAUAACAAUCAAUUGCUAGUGUUCAUCCCAAAUAAUCCAAAACACUGAAGGCACGAGGUAAACAUGAGUUAAAACUGUUUAACUAUUGACUGCACAACACAAAUUAUUCCAGAAUUUAGUGCAUGAAUCUCAAAAAAUUUAUUUUACUUUUGAAAGAAAAAUUAUCUUUAAGCAAACUGCCAGUAAAUGAAUACAGGGAAUUCGAUAAUUUUUCUAUCUAACUACCAAGGUACCAAUAUGGCACUGACUUCACUUGGGUGUCAGCCAAGUAAAUUUAUGUGUGAAUCUAGGCAGCAUUUAAAAAAAAUAAAUUACAUUUUUUUAAAUCUCAAUCUACUCUUUUAACUGGAUGUACAAAAUUCUCCUGACUUCUAAAGGACCAGGACUAGCUGGUCAAAAGCCUCACCCAAAUCAAUCAACCACCAUAAACAUCUUCCCAGAAUCUGCUAUUGACCUGAAGGGGAUGGAAGGCAAAAAUCAAGUCGUUCACACAUGAGACAGCAUAAACACAUCUAAGGGCCCACUUCAGACAGGUUUUUAAAUCUGUGAUUAGUCCAACCAGUGUCAGCUGGAAAAUGCACAUCCUCAGGGGCUGGAUGCAUUCAGGAGUCCCUGUUAAGUGGUGCCUCAGUGAAGCCCAUCCUCAUCCUCUGCUCUUGUUGGCUCACAACCACACUCACACCUCAAAGCCUGUCAAAGGGUUUGUUAUGAGGAUGUGCUCUCAUAUCACCAUCUUCAUUUGCUCCUUCAGUUUACCUCUAUCCCACAUUAUUGCAGUCAUGGCACUUCUGCUGUGACAGAAAUCACCAAAACAGGGUUUCUCUGUAUGAUAUUGUUUUGUUUAGCAUCAUGGUGGUGGUGCAAUGUAAAAGCCCUUUCUAAAUAUACAUAAACAUUGCCAAAAAAGUGUCAUCACAAGACAUAGCAACCCUGUCAGGGCAGCUCAGUGAAUAUGUACAACUUGUACACAGUCAGAAGCAGAGACAUACCAGAAUGUACAUCAUUAAAUGUUGACUCAGUAAGAAUAGUAUGUUCUAUCUUUUUAAAUGUUACCACUUUCCCAUCCCACUCCAUUGUAACUUGUCAAUUGUAAUUUCUUUUUAAGUCAACAAACUGUAAAGAAAACUGUUGAAAUACCUGAUUUUCUGUAAAAGUAAUAACAACAAUACUUUUUGUUACUUCAAAGUAUGCUUGGUAUUAAAGUACCUAAUAAAGUUCAACAAUGACUUUUGUAGCAUACUAAAAUAAAGUGUGAUAGUGCUUUUCUCCAGCUCAUCUGUGGGAAGGGCAGCUGUUGUUGGGAUUACUGCCCUCCUAAACACAAGCCUGGACACCUCCUACACAUCUGUACCUACAGAGAUGCCUCAGGUAUGUAAAGUCCAAGCAGAAUGGGAUCCCUUAAUGAGAGCAGGGAUUUGUAUGCAUGGGUGGAAUUGCUAGUAGAACCUUGUUGGUAAGUCAUCUCCACCCUCUGGUACCUGCCUACAUACCUAUAAGUGGGCAACAACAUAAAGUUGCUAAUUACACUGUUUGGUAUAAAACUAGGGUUUAUAGUAAGAGAAAGAAGAGUAUAAUUAUUUAUAAGUUAAUUAUGAUUAAAUAGAGAACUUCCAGGUUUUUAGGAUGCUGUUCAUUUUUAUAGGCAAUGCAUUUCAGUUAUUUAUAAAUUGGGAAUCCCGAACAAGUGAUUUGGAUGACACAGUGAAGCUCAGAAGUUUAUCACCCCCUGAUUUCAGUACAUGAAGGCACACUGGAGCCAUCAGGGGCUGUCACAUCAUUCCAGAUUUUGCACCAGCAAGAGGUAAGUACUUCCUUGUCAAAGAGAUGCUAGAUUUGCCUCCAUGCUGCUGAUGCAGCAGUAUCUGCAUUUGGAGAUGCUCUAGAAAUUACUGUGACUGGGGUCUAAUGAUGCCCAAACUCCCAGGCUCUGACACAUUUCGAUUGCAGUAACAGAUCAGCUUCCCUCACACCAUCCAUCUUUCCCUGCUCUAGGGAGGAAAAUGUAAUGCUGGGCCCAGCAGCUUUCUGUCUGUUUUCACUGUUAGUCUGAUAUCCUUCAAACAUUUAAAAGUUUUAGUAGUUUCAUCCAAUUCUCUGAGCAUUUGAAAUGGAAUAAGAUCUAGACAGUUUAAAAUAAAGAACCCACCCCAGAUUCAUCCUAACUAGUUUACACAUUGAAAAGACAGCCAUAUGCUGAACAGGUUCUGAGGUAGUGCUAGAAAGCAACACUUCUUUCCCUAUGAGCUAAAGUCAAGAGAUUUACACAUUUCUCCUUCCCAAGGAGCUCUGUGCAGGAUGGAAUGUGUUGGAGUAGCUGGCAGUACCUGCACACAUUGCACAUGCAGCCAUUCCACCUUGGUCUGUGAUCCUCAUUGGCCCACAUUAAUACCUUGAGAGGAGGCUUUCACAGAGGCCUGGAAUUCUGCAGAAGGUAGAAUAUGUAGUUUAAAAAUCCAUUCUCUUCCCUUUAGAUCAAGUAAUGUUUGUGUCAUGGUGCUGGAAACACAAAGCCAAGGCUUGCAGUGAUCAGAUACUGACGUGAUGCUUCCUAUUACCCACCUGUCUCUUAAAUUUUUGCUUAGUGUUACUUUAUGCUGCCUUCUGAAAUGUCUUUUGCAUUUUAAAAAGUAAAGUGAUACAGCCUCCCUUUCUUCCAGAUAGUCUCAUAACCCCACAGGGAGUGGGGGGCAGUUACCCAGCCUUUCCACUUCACAAAGCAAGGAGAAGUACUGCCUCUGCAAGAGGCAAAUCUCCAGGGAAAAAGGCAGACACAUUGUACUCAUCAACUCCCAGGAGGAGAUGUGGCCUAAUUGCCUAUGAGACACUACAAAGCUCUUCUCCUUCUGAAACUGCUCCAAAAGUUGCUGCAAAGCUUCCUGAGAUCACCAGUGUGAGACCAGCCUCCAAGUUUGAACUUGGGAAAAGUCACUUGGGAAAACAGCCUGGAGUGAAGAUGCUCCAAAAAUCUAGGAACUGGGGUUGAAUAAACCUCCACAAACCUGUUUUAAAUUGGUAUAACAACAUGGAUUAUUACUCCUGAUUUUGUCAAGUGCAAGGUAGAUUUAUGUUAGCCUGAU